ACGGUUGCUGUCAUUUUUCUGUGUAUUCGUUAUCAAAUGUGUUGUGUUUAAUAACUUGAAAUUCAUUCAGUUAGCUGGCACGUUAUAACUCGGUUUAGCGCUCGAAGUUGAAAGCAUCUAAACAUCCUCCUCAUUCGCAUUUACCUACAGAACAAUUUCGCUGGACUUCUUACUCUCUAGUCCAACAAAUUCCAAUCACCAAGUUAAUUAUAGAGCUCGAACUUGUUAAAGUGGAGUUUUAGGGAAGCCAUCGUGACCCUGCGUUUAUACAUAAAAAGACAAUCCUUUGGAUCAACUGGUGCUUUUAGCUCGGCAAAAUUACGUUCACACCGAUUACAAAAAUGGCUUCCCCGGCCCUCAAACAAGAAAAUCGAUGCAGUCAAUCUUCCAACUCAUCAACGUCACGAGUGAGUAUGACGACUUCUCAGGCGGAUGAAAACUUCGUCGAAUCGAAAAUAUUUAGUUGGAUGCGUCUAUUCCGCUUUGCUUCCCUGUUAUGUCGUGCCGAAUAAUUCCAAGCCGCAUUUGAAGGACUAUGCUAUCCUGGACACUAGAGAGUCAAUAUAACAAUAAUAAUUAGUAUGCAAUUUAUGUCGCAAAAAACAACCUGUACUUGAACUUAGAAUGGAUUAGUAAAUGUCGUUAGUGUUAAAAAUGUUUAGUAAUGUUAAUUGAAAA